AUGGGCGUCCGAGAUUUAGAAGAGUGCGAAACACUCGAAAUAAGGCUACCACGUAAUGAAGUCGACUCAACACAAUUAAUAGAUUCUAAUCCUAGUGUUGAUCGCUCAAACGGCCAACAACGAAUCCCCUCUCCAACUUCAAAUUCUUCCGAGAAAUUGUCAUUUUUAAAUAAACCUAAUCCUACAACUAGCUUAAAUUGUCCAACAUCAAUAUUCCCUCCUACAAAAAAACCAAUAUACAUACCACGAAAAACUUCCACUGCGACCUCAAUGCGAAAUGCCUCGGCUUCAUUUUCAUUUUCAUAUCCCAUAAUAAUAGUAUUCUUAAUAACAAUUAUCUUAUUGGGUGUGACUUUGGACUCAUUUCUUCAUCAUCAGAGGGACACGAUAGGAUGUGAAGUUCCACGCAUGAAUCCUUCAUAUAUUAAACAAAUAGGAUUUGAUAGUGAACAAACGCGAUUUGCGGGAAAAUAUGGUCUCCAUUUAUAUAGGGACUUGUCAUAUGAUCAUAGCGACCAACCCACAGGAAUUCCGGCCCUUUUUAUUCCUGGAAAUGCUGGUAGCUAUAAACAAGUAAGAUCUAUUGCUGCGGAAACAUCAAAGUUAUAUUAUUAUAAGAAUCUAUCAAACAAAGCAGGAUUGAUGAAUAAAGGUUUAAGACCUAUUGAUUUCUUUACAGUUGAUUUCAAUGAAGAACUUUCCGCUUUUCAUGGACAUUCUUUACUCGAACAAGCGGAAUAUCUUAAUGAUGCUAUUAGAUACAUUUUAUCAUUGUAUCCAGCAGUUAGAAAGAAUCAACAAACCAAUUCAUCAGUUCAACCACAUCCAGACCCUACUGCUGUAAUUAUAAUUGGUCAUUCAAUGGGUGGAGUGGUCGCAAGAACUUUAUUUACAAUGUCUAAUUAUCAAUCAGGUUCUAUUAAUACAAUUUUAACUAUGUCUUCUCCACAUUUAAUGCCACCUGCACCAUUUGACUGGCAAAUAAGUAAAAUUUACACAGAUAUUAAUGAUUUUUGGAGAAAUGGAUAUUCUCAAAGUGCAACCUCUCAAAAUUCUUUGGUGGAUGUUACUUUAAUUUCAAUCGCUGGCGGAAAUUUGGAUACUGUAGUGUGUUCUGAUUCUGCAAAUAUUAAUUCACUCGUUCCAGCGUCACACGGAUUUACUGUUUUUACAACAUCUAUUCCUAAUGUAUGGACUGCAAUGGACCAUCAAUGUAUUUUAUGGUGCAAUCAAUUGGUCAAGGUUGUUGCAAAUUCAUUACUAAGUGUUGUUGACAUUAGGCGUGCCAGUCAAACAAGACCAAGUUCAGAAAGGAUGUCUGUAUUUCGUAAAAUCCUUUUAUCUGGACUUGAAGAACCCGUAGUAGAGAAUGAAUCAGAUAAACUUAGGAGAGAACCUUUUGGGAUCAUAAAUCUGGAAAAGGUGUCUCAUAAAUUUUUGGAUAUGGGACAGAGACUUGUAUUAAACAAUUCCGAGUUAAUUUCAAAAGUAUAUUUAAUGCCGAUCCCACCUCCAGCACCCCAUUCAACAUUAAAUACAUUCUCUUUUUUGAUGGGUCAAUCCUUUUCCAAAAAUUCCGAACUUGAUAUACUUUUAUGUUACGUGAUGCCGACAGAAGUUCCCACGCAUUAUAGCAAAGAUGAUUUCUCGGUAAAUGAUUUAUCAUUACCAAUAAACCCUAGAUUGUCAUGUCAUGUGGCAUCAAACGAAACAUCAUUGGUACCUGCUUCGACAUUUGAUGUAAAGCAUCCCUUUUCUGGCGAGACCUUUAACUAUUUAAAAUUAAAGGUCAAGGAAUUGGGAGAUUAUCAAUAUAUUGCUGUUAUGUUUCAUAAUGAUUUUGUCAUGAAGGGAUUUUUGGUUGGUGAAUUCUACGAUGAAAGUUCUUCUUUGAUGGACAUUAAUACGUCGAUGAAAGAUCUUUUGAUAGAUGGAAUUCAUAUCGAUUCAUUUCCUGAACAGAACUCUUUAGUGUCCAUUCUUCGAAUUCCUGUUAUUUACAGUAGUUUGUUGACCUAUAAAAUGGCUGUCCAUCGUAUUGGAUGUACCGGAAACCAACUUUUUGCACCAUUUUUACGACAAUCAAUUUCCUCAAUGUUUGAGUCUAAGUUUCUAAUUAAUAUUGAAAAAGCUGAUUUAAACAUUCACGGACAAGCACCUUUUAUCACACCUGUCAGUGCUCCAAAUUUACAAAGGGGACUUGAACUGAAAUUUUGGAUCGAUCCCACUUGUUCUGCACCAUUAUCAAUCGAUAUUGAAUUAGACCUGUAUGGAAGUUUAGGCAAAAUAGUAAUGCGUUUCCAAACUGUUUUGGUCGCAUUUCCUUAUAUAAUAGUUAUAAUGACUUUGAGAGCUCAAUUAAGAGAAUAUAAUCGCGGUGAGCCAUUCCUGAGUUUCAGUCAGGGAUUAGCUCUUUUCGUUCGUCAAACUUUUCCAAAAUUUCUCAUUGCUGUGACUAUUUUAUCGGUUUAUCAAUCUGUUACUGGAGCAUCAAAAACUUAUUCAUUAACAGAUUUAUUUCCGAUGGACUAUACAUCUGGAGAUAUGCAGAAAGUCAUUAAAGCUAAAGCUUCCUUUAACGUGAACGAUACUCUUCUCGGGAAUCAAGAUCCGUUCUUUUGGUUCUUACCUCCUGUUUUUUUUGUUAUGAGCAUCGGAAUAGUUACCUUCUGUUGGGUUCUUUUAGGAUGUAUUGUUAAAAUUUUUGCAGGUGCUACGGUAUUUAUGAGUCGCCAAGGAAAAUUUUCAACACAUUUAGUGAAUAGAUUGCGUCGUCGCGGUAUAGCAACAAUUAUUCUUUUCAUUUCAGUAGCUACAUUCGUGCCAUAUCAAUUUGCAUUUGUAGUUGCAUUUUUUGUUCAUAUAGUAUCAUGCGUUCGAUCCUUAAUCAUAGCUCGAAUUGGGUAUAGAUCAUCAAAUAUUCAAGAAAAUUGGGAUCACUGUCAUUAUUUACAAUCGAUACUUUUAGUAUUAUUUAUGCUUUUACCUUUUAAUUUGCCUGUAUUGAUGGUUUGGAUACGGAAUAUGUCCGUGCAUUGGUUCGCACCGUUUUCAUCGGAUCACAAUAUACUGGCAAUUGCUCCCAUUCAAUUUCCGAUUUGUGACCAAUAUUUUGUUACUUCUGAUAACUAUUUAUGUGUUAUUGUAUGGAGUGCGACAUUUGAAUCCUUAUGUUAUUAA